AUGAGGACGGCGGAGGAUGAUCCGACGGAGGAGGGUCGUACGAGCUCAACCAGAACGAAGUCCGAGGAAGCUGCAGCUGAGGACAUUCUGCGGCAGCUCAAUGAGGCUGAAGCUUCCUUGGCGGCGCCCAAGGACACACUACGGGGAAUGCGACGUUUUGUAGAUGGCGUCUUGGAUUUAUGGCGCAGCGGGUCCAAGGAUGAGAUCUCAGCCGUCGAGCUUAAGGCCCUGUUGGCUGAGAUCCGGGAUGCAUCUGACGAUCCAAAAUAUUGGGAGGAAGUGAUGCAGGCCGUUCCCUGCGAAGCAGGGUUCGGCUUGAGCCUCUCCGAAGUGGCAGAGGUGCUGGCGGAGUACGACUCAAUGCUGUCGCUGAUGGUUUUCCCGACAAGCGCCCAACAGGCGGCGGAAUUAGACACCGCCUUCCAAACCGUGGCGGGCACAGAGGACGAGUUCCACAUCCACGGUGCCAACGUGUCUUUUUGGGGUGAUUUUGUGGUCCUCAACUACGCGCAUUAUGGCGGCAAGCUGGGUGCAGCGGAUGCUGGGAUCUCCUCCUCAGGCUUGGCUGCCGCCCUCAUUAGCGUGACGGACAAUUUCACCGUGGAAAAGGUCUGGGAAGAUGCCCGAGCACGAAAUUUCGCAAAGCAGACCCUGGACUUCAUCCUCAAGACCUACCACAGCGAGGAGAAGGAGCAG